UAACUACUCUCCAACUACCACUACGGUUUUGCCGAUCUUUGAGUCUGUGACCACGACGAGGGCAUUUAUGUCCUUAAUUAGCUUCUCCUUCUCUCCAUCCACGUGACUUGAUUCUCUCUCUUCUUUCAUUUCACGUAUAUAUUAAUCUGGCUUGCAUCUACAUCUGUGAAAGAGAGAGAGAGAGAUUCAUGAAUCUUUUUACAGAAACACGAACAAGUUUCAGAAUCUGGUCUGACUCUUUGUAACCUUCCCGUUUAAGAUUCAUCAUACGUAUUCAAAUCUCCAUUUCUUUGCCAUUGUUGGAAUCUCCGCCUCGAUCGUUUGUUAUUAAAAGGAUCUGGUAUUCGACUUUUGUUAUCGUUCAAAGCAUGGUCUGACGAUGAUCAUGAUCUCCGGCUGAUCCAACGGUUAAACAAAGCUAUUUUUGAUCCUCCAUUGUUAUCAACACUCAGAAAUAAGUUGGAGACGUUUUGUUCAUAAAGAAUGGCGUUUAAUACGGCUAUGGCGUCUACAUCUCCAGCGGCAGCAAAUGACGUUUUAAGAGAACAUAUUGGCCUCCGUAGAUCGUUGUCCGGGCAAGAUCUCGUCGUGAAAGGCGGUGGUAUACGAAGAUCGAGUUCCGACAAUCACUUGUGUUGUCGCUCUGGUAAUAAUAAUCGGAUUCUUGCUGUGUCUGUACGUCCAGGGAUGAAAACGAGUCGAUCUGUGGGAAUGUUCUCGUUUCAGAUAUCGAGUUCUAUAAUCCCAAGUCCGAUAAAAACGUUGCUAUUUGAAACGGACACGUCUCAAGACGAGAAAGAGAUCGAUGAGAUUGAGAUUGAGACUGAGCCAAAUCUAGAUGGAGCCAAAAAGGCAAAUUGGGUCGAGAGGUUGCUUGAGAUAAGGAGACAGUGGAAGAAAGAGCAAAGAACAGAGAGUGGAAACGGUGACGUUGCAGAGGAAAGUGUUGAUGUUACCUGUGGUUGUGAAGACGAAGAAGAAGGUUGCAUUGCGAAUUACGGGUCUGAGAACGGUGAUUGGGGACGCGAAUCGUUCUCUAGAUUGCUUGUGAAGGUUUCUUGGUCUGAGGCUAAAAAGCUUUCUCAGUUAGCUUAUUUGUGUAACUUGGCUUACACGAUACCUGAGAUCAAGGGUGAGGAUUUGAGAAGAAACUAUGGGUUAAAGUUUGUGACAUCUUCAUUGGAAAAGAAAGCGAAAGCAGCCAUACUUAGAGAGAAACUAGAGCAAGAUCCAACACGUGUUCCUGUUAUUACAUCUCCAGAAUUAGAAUCCGAGAAGCAGCCUCAACGAUCAGCUUCAUCUUCUGCUUCUGCUUACAAGAUUGCUGCUUCAGCUGCGUCUUACAUUCACUCUUGCAAAGAGUAUGAUCUUUCAGAAUCGAGCAACCCGGUUUAUAAAUCAGCUGCUGCUGCUCAGGCGGCAGCGUCUACGAUGACAGCCGUGGUUGCUGCGGGUGAGGAGGAGAAGCUAGAAGCGGCAAGGGAGUUACAGUCGCUACAAUCAUCUCCUUGUGAGUGGUUUGUUUGCGACGAUCCAAACACAUACACUAGGUGCUUUGUGAUUCAGGGAUCUGAUUCUUUAGCUUCUUGGAAAGCAAACCUCUUCUUUGAGCCAGCUAAGUUUGAGGAAACAGAUGUAUUAGUCCACAGAGGAAUCUACGAGGCAGCAAAAGGAAUAUACGAACAGUUCUUACCAGAAAUAACAGAGCAUUUGUCUAGACACGGAGAUAGAGCUAAGUUUCAGUUUACGGGUCAUUCUCUUGGAGGCAGUCUUUCAUUAAUAGUGAAUUUGAUGCUUAUCUCUAGAGGACUCGUUAGCUCUGAAGCUAUGAAAUCCGUUGUCACGUUCGGUUCACCGUUUGUGUUUUGUGGCGGUGAGAAGAUUCUAGCUGAGCUUGGCCUUGACGAGAGUCAUGUUCACUGUGUGAUGAUGCAUAGAGAUAUCGUCCCACGAGCCUUCUCGUGUAAUUAUCCUGACCAUGUUGCUCUCGUUCUCAAGCGUUUGAAUGGGUCCUUCCGUACACAUCCUUGUCUCAACAAAAAUAAACUGUUGUAUUCACCGAUGGGGAAAGUUUUUAUUCUACAGCCGAGCGAGAGCGUCUCGCCGACGCACCCUUGGCUACCACCGGGUAACGCUCUCUACAUUUUAGAAAAGAGCAAUGAAGGUUACUCUCCUACGGCGUUACGUGCGUUUUUGAACCGCCCUCACCCUCUCGAAACACUGAGUCAACGCGCAGCUUAUGGCUCGGAAGGUUCGGUCUUGAGGGAUCACGAUUCCAAAAACUACGUCAAAGCCGUGAACGGAGUUCUCAGGCAACACACGAAGCUCAUAGUUAGGAAAGCCAGGAUACAGAGGAGGAGUGUUUGGCCGGUGCUGACGUCAGCAGGGCGUGGAUUAAACGGGAACCUGCCGACGACCGAGGAGAUCAUGACACGUGUCUAAUGAGGAGAAAAUCUACGGUUGUAUAUAAGUGGAAUCUCUUCUGAUUAUGCGUUUGUUUACAUUUCUUGUGAGUGAGCCCAAACAAGUUAAUAAAAUAUUGUAAAGAAUUAACUAUUCUAAAAUUCUGAAGAAUUUAGUUUCUUCAGUAAUCAAAAUAUGCUUUAGUGGAAAAAUUGGUUUUUUCCAA